UCUGACUGAUUAUUGAAUUAUUUCUCCUACUUUCAACACCUUUUCUUCUUCAUCUAACUUUGAUCACCUGGAACUCUGAAUCAGGCGCGAGAAAGCCUAUUUUAUGGUUGUCUUCGUAUUUAUUAUUUCUACCUGAGUCAGCUUGUUUUUUCAUUGUUCUUUUUUUCCUGCUCCUUCUGCAGGCAAUUAGGCCAGUAAAGAUAAUUCCAGCCAAUUCACUAUUCCAACCCGCUCAUUCAAACCAUUUCCCCUCUGUCCUUGGUCCUUUCCACCUUACUCCGACCCGAAAUGUCGGACGCAGACUCAGCCGCAGGCUCUCCAGCCCGAAACGCACGCGACGAGGAUGAACAGGGACUAGGUGACUAUGAUAUCGCCCGCGCCGACGAUUCAGACAAGGAUUCCGACGCUCUAUCCGAAAUCGACGAAGAUCAAUUCGAUGAUUACGAUCCUAACACUGCUCGUAUCGACGAAAAGCGCCCCGAGCCCCAGGUCAUCGAUGAGGACGCGGCACGUACACUGAAGGCUGGAAGACGAAAGGGAACGGCUACGAAGAAACCUAAGGAAGGACGACGCGCGAAGAAGCGAGCACGCGACGAUGAUAAUGAUGGUGCGGAUGGCGAGAUUCUUCACACUAAGCGAGUUCGCAAGGCUCCCGGCGCGGAUGCUCCAGAGCAAGAAUCCGAGCACGAGAUCGAGGAAAACUUGACUCCUGAGGAACGACGGCGCCGAGCUAUCGAGCGCGCGGCCAGAAACCAGACGAAGCCCAAGGGUUCCAGGCGUAAGAAGAAGGAUGAAGUAGAUCUGGAAGAUGAAUUGGACGAGCGAAUCGCUGACUUGAAAGUUCGUAUGGAGAACGCUUGUCAGGCGGAUAACCAAGCACGAGAGGCAGGCCAACCAGCCCUACACAAGCUUAAGCUCCUUCCCGAGGUGAUGACGCUUCUUAAUCGCAACAACAACCAAGCAGUCGUUGUCGACCCUGACACGAACUUCUUACAACACGUGAAGUUCUUCCUAGAGCCCCUGAACGACGGUUCUCUACCCGCCUACAACAUCCAACGCGAUAUCUUCCAAGCCCUAAUGCGCCUACCGAUAGAAAAGGAGACGCUACGAUCAAGCGGCAUCGGAAAGGUCGUUCUGUUCUACACCAAGAGCAAGAAGCCCGAGAUGGGUAUUAAGCGAAUGGCCGAGCGUCUGUUGGGAGAGUGGAGCAGACCUAUUCUAAAGCGCACCGACGAUUACAAGAAGCGCCACGUCGAGACACGAGACUUUGAUUACCAAGCAGCGAAAAUCCGACAAGCUACCGCCAGCAGUCAACUAACGCUAAACCAACGCCACACCCCUCAGAGCAUCGCCGAGGCCGAACGAGCUCGUAUUCUCGCGCCUGCGAGAGAGAUCAGCCGCGCCCGUAUUGCGGGCACUCCAUCUACCUACUCGAUCGCACCGCGCAGCACCUUCGAUCCUUCUACCGCUCAAGAUCACCGACCGAUCGGCCAGAGCGGUAUCGAAGCAUUCCGCAAGAUGACCCAAAAGGGAAAAAAGAAGGGCUAGUGGCUCUAAAUUCUUUUCAUCAUGGUGUAUAUCUACGAGUAUUUUCGAUCGUUUGGUGGUGGGUUCUUAGUGUUACACAUGCACUCGGAGUUCGGGUUAAUAGGUUGAUUCUUCGCUGAAAAAGAUAGUUGAUCAAAAAGCAGUGGCUACCGCAGUGAUUAUGCUUUGCUUUCAUAGGAGGACUCGGGUGGUGUACUACAACAAGACACAAUAUCGUACAACUCGAUUUAUCAGAUAGGCGGUACACAUAGUUUCAAAUUGUGAUAGUGCCUGCGAGGGUCAUACGAAUAGACUGCACUGUUUCUAUCAU